GAUGUAUAUGAUUUUGAUCAAAUUGGAAACGAACUUGAGACGAUCAGACAGAGCGUAGUACAGAAUGGUGGAAAUUGGGUUGCAGAUUUCGCAAAACUUCAUAAUUCUUCACAGAUAGAGAAUUUUAAUGAUGGUUGGGUUCAUGAAUAUGCGAAAUUCGAUCAGCCGUUAACGAAACCUAAUGACUGGCAACCAAGCGAAUUUAAUACCUUUGAGAAGGCCUUCAAUAAUGUUGAUAAAGAUGUAAACUGGGAAACUGAAUUUAUUGCACAGGAGAAAUCAUGGGAGUCCGAAUUUAAUGACCAGGAGCAACAGAAAAAUAAUAAUUCCGGAAUAGACGUUGAUUCAGACGUUAAAUUAUCUAUAAAUGCCGGCAAAAUAGUUCAAUCGGUCUCGGGUGAAACUAAUCCAAAAUUCAAGAAUUCAAUGUUUAUGAAUCUCAUGAGGAAACUACGAGAUAAUGAAGUACACAUAGAAGGAAACAAAUUUGUUGAACAAAAACUUCCAGUUUCUAAAGUUGAUUGGGUUAGUGAGUUUGAAGCUCGUCACAAAGAUGCAUGGGCUUCCGAAUUUGAAGACCGUCAGGAGAAUUCAUCCAACAGUUGGUCACAAGAAUUUACGGAAAAUUAUAUUAGCGAGAAAUCUUUUGAUAUUUCCAAUAAGGAAGAAAGUCGGACAUUACAUAAAUUUGAGCCAACCGCAAAUCCGAAAGAUUGGGCUUUCGAGUUUCAACAAUCGAGAACACCGGAGUUUAAUGUCACAAAGAAUUCAGGCACUUUGCUAAAAGAUGACAUGGACUCGUCCUGGGAAGAAUACUGCAGAGAUUUGGAUGAAUUUCAACCUUAUAGUAUGGGUUAUAAAUCAAAAAAGAUAGACUACAAUUACGAGUUUCAACAAGAUAACCCUUAUUUGAACCGUUCAAAUCUUUUGCAUGAAAUCAUAGUACCAGAUCGUAUGGUUAAAGAUUCUAUAUUAGCCUUAGAAGCGGCUGUACAAUUAGACCCGAAUAACGCGGGCACUUGGCAUCAGUUGGGAAUUAAACAGCAAGAAAAUGAACAGGAAUCACAAGCAAUCGCCGCUUUGCGAAGGUCUGUCGCUCUAAAUCCUCGUAUCUUGGAUUCAUGGCUUUCCUUAGCUGUUUCUUACACAAACGAAUCUUGCUAUGGGGAGGCAUACAAUAGUCUAGAAUCCUGGUUUCACAAUCACACGAGAUACAAGCAUAUUCUAGAGAAUCAGCAGGUCAAGGAACGGACUUCCAAUGAUCAUAAAUUCUUAUCAGAUGCGCUGAUACAAGCAGCAAGAUCAAAUCCUGGAGAAAACUUGGACCCAGAUGUUCAAAUUGGGUUAGGAAUUUUAUAUAAUAUUUCGAAAGAAUAUAAUAAAGCUGUUGAUUGUUUUCAAAGCGCACUCUAUAAAAGACCUAAUGACCAUCUCCUUUGGAACAAACUCGGGGCGACAUUAAUUAAUGAUGGAAAGUCAGAGCAUGCAUUAGAUGCAUACACUAAAGCCCUUAGUAUAAAUCCAUUUUAUGCGAGAGCUCAUUUUAACAUUGCUAGUGUUCUCACAAAAAUGGGAAGAAACAUGGAGGCUGCUCAACAUUUGCUUACCGUAUUAUCAUUGCAAAUUGAUCAGAAUAGGAACGAUGUUAAGGACACGAAAUCUAUUUCCGGAAUGAGUAGGAACAUUUGGUGUACUUUAAAGGUUUGUUGUGAAAUGAUGAAUAGACCUGACCUUGUAUUAAAAUGUGAUACAAGAGAUAUAGAAGGUUUUAAAUCGGAAUUCAAAUUUUGA